UUGGGUUAGCUGUGGUACGCAGGUUUGGGUAGCGUGCAUGGAAGUUUGAAAACGGUUAACUGAACGAUAAGUGCAAUGUGGAUAUCUGAGUAUUUCAAGAAUUCUGGAUAUCUCCGAAUCAGUUCAGAUCUAGUAGUACUAUGCCGACGAACUUCAUAAUCAUGCUAUAUAAGGGAGUAUCGUGAUCGUAGCUGAGGUGAGAAAAUGAAUUGAGUACGUAGACCGCAGCAAGCAGCAACUGGAGAACAGCAAUGGACCAUUCUGAUAUUAAGCUGGUGGAGAAAUUAAGAAGGGAAUAUCCAGAACAGUUUUAUACACUAGUGAGGAUGCAUCUGUCAUUCAUUCUGGAUCUUAAUACAGAUGAAUCUGAAGUUGCUCAUGAAAAGAACAAGUUCAAGCCGUCAAAAUGGGUGUCUGUUGCUUUCUCCAGAAAAGCAAAGUGUCCAUCAAAAGGUGUCAUGGAAGGUGCUCCUUUAACACAAGAAGGAAUUUGUCAAGUGUAUCAGCUUAUUGAAUUUCUAGGAAAAGAACAGAAUAUUAUUCAAGAAGGUAUAUUUCGCCGAAGUGGAAAAAUGACUCGUCAGAAUGAGCUGAAGAUGUUGAUGAACCAGGGAGUGCCUCUAAAGUUGGGAGAAGGGAACUUCUCUGUGCAUGACUGUGCUUCAGUAUUGAAGAACUUCCUGGCAGAAUUACCAGAACCAUUGUUAACUGAUGCACAUUUUCCAGCGUACUACCAAAUAUCAGAUUUAUGUAAAGAGGUAGCAUCAGGACGUGGAAAUGAGAAACGUUUACUCAGAGCACUUCAGCUACUUCUUCUUCUGUUACCAGUUGAAAACCGUUUGCUUCUGAGAGAUCUGCUGCAGCUACUGCAUAAAACAGCUUGUCAUGAGGCUAAAAAUAAGAUGUCGGCAGACAACCUUGCAACACUGUUCACACCACAUCUUAUCUGCCCAAGAAAGCUGACACCAGAAGCUUUGCAUGACAAUUCUCAGAAAAUGUGUGGAGUAAUUGCUUUCAUGAUCAAGCAGGAAAAGAACUUGUUCAAUAUUCCACCAAAAUUGGCUACAGAUGUUCGUGCUUUCUGGAUUGAGCAUAAUAAAUCAAGAAUAACACCGAAGGUAUGUAGAGUAAGCACUGAUGGUUUAACAGCAAGUACAGUGUUCUCAUUUGUCGAUCGUGAACGCUCGGCAGAAGUUCAUAAACAGGUGGGAGAUCCUACUGAGGUAGCUCUGGCCCAACUCUAUGCCCACAUUCAGACACUGCCAGAGUCUCAACACAAACGACGUCUUGUGAAACAGUUUAAUCGAGAAAAUGGUCAUGGUACACCGUUACGUUUCAAACCACACGGCCGAAGCCGUAGUUUGGGUGAUUCUAUUAAGAGACAUAUUUUCAAAGGUGGAACAAAGAUGGACAAGUGUGAGGAUUCUUUGGGGCGGCGGUGCAGUGUGGUUAGGUCUUUGAGUCAAGAAGACAUAAGUGAAACAAUGAUGACUCCAAGAAGCAGAAAACCAGUUGUUGUUCUAUCUGGAUCUAAUCUCUGCCAUCUUACAAGUAUUAAUAAUAUGAACACUCCAGAUGAUGCUAAUAGGAUGCCUUCACCCAUUGGUGGGAGCCGUGCCAUUAAAGCAUUUGUGAACGGUGACUGUGUGGGCACAGAAAUACACACACCUAUAAAACCUGCUGGUGCUUUUUGCACUAUAAGUGAUUGUGAUAAAGAAAAUAGCUGUUCAAGAAAAAUAGUCCUGGAAAAUGAAAACAGUAUUUUCAACAUGUACACCGAUGGCCAUGAAGCUGAUAGUUGCAAUGGCGGUUCCCUGAGCAGCCCGUUUAAAUCAUAUCUGUCAAGUCGUAGUGUCCUUACUGCUUCUCCAAUUGACUUGAGUUUUAUAAGCCGUGGGAGUGAUUUGGACUCUUCUGUAGAAGAACAUAGGAUUCUGCAAAGUGUUGAGAACAAUCUGAGUGAAUCAUUAUUGUUUUGCUUAAAUGGAGGUCAACCAUCUUCUCUUGAUGAUGAUAGUGUGGAAAAUAGCAGGUUUGCAGCAGACAAACUGUGUGCUGUUCAAGUAGCUACCUCUGUACCUGUUAAAGAUGUGGGGACUGAGUCUUCUACAUUUUGCAAGAACUUUCUGCAAGAAACAUCAUUAUGAUGUUGAUCAGGUAUUUUUACGUAAUCAUCAUAAAUACGUACUGAGGCCAGUAUUGACAUAAUGUUGAUAGUUCAACAUUAACUGUAUUUGUCCUAAAUGUGAUAUGGAAUACCAAAAACCUGUAACAAUAGUAUUUACAACCAAGUACAAGAACUAACUUGUAAUGUUUCUAUGACACUGUAGAAAAAGUUCACUGGAAUCAGGCCAAAGUAAGAGUGUUACUUCAAAAGUUGUCAAACAGAAGCUUCAAACUGUCUUGCAGCUUUCAUAGUGACAUUAAAUAUUUAAGCAUUCUUAGAUGUUUUCAUAUACCUUCUAAAUGUCACAUUAUUUCAAAUGUUUGGAAAAAACUUACUUUUCUUAGGUUCUUUAAAGAACUUUGUGCUUAUCAAAAAUUAAGAUUGUAAAUUUUAAAACAGAUGUAAACAUAUUGUAAUAUAGAUUCUC